GUGCCGAAUCGGCACCGGGUAAUUCCGUGGUGUACUAGUAACACGCCUCCUCAACGAAGGGAGAUAACACCACUCGACCACAUCGACCAAUAUGUUGACCGAUUCGAUAACACCCUCAUUCUCAACAGUUGACGACUUUUUCAACCUCGACGUACUAAACUCAGCUCCUUCAGCUUUUACAGCUUCGUCUUCAUCUUCAUCACCACGAAGCCCUUUCAUUUUCUCAACUACAAAUGGCGCAGACGACGAUUUCUUCGCCCAAUUCUUAGACACUGAUGAGUUAACAAAGGGUCCAUCCCUAUCAUCACUCUCAGUCCCUUCAUAUGACUUUUUUGGUGCACCUGAAGCUACCGCCAGUACAAGUGGCUCAAGUCCUGAGAGCAUCGACGCAAACACUCCCAUGUUCGCAAUAGAUCCACAACUAGUCGGAACUCCUGCUACUUCAAACGACCAUUCAGAUCAAGACUCUAACUCUGACCAGGAACUAGAGCUAGAGCUAGAGCCAGAGCUCGCUCCGCCUAAACGUUCUCGCCGCGGUGCUGUCACUUCUGGUGGCAUAAAGAAGUCAUAUCCUUCUGAGAAGGACUUGAACUCGGGCGCGGGAAAAUCAAAGUCCUCAAAGGACCCUGCUCCCCUCAGGAUCCUUGAACCCGAAGACUGGCGCCCAAGUCCUGAAGAAUACAAGAAGAUGAGCAGCAGAGAGAAACGCCAACUCCGAAACAAGAUCAGCGCACGAAACUUCCGAGUAAGGCGAAAGGAAUACAUCACAACUCUUGAAGGUGACAUCGCAGAACGGGACCGCUUAAUCGACGCAAUCCGCUCAGAACUCGGCAGCUCCCGCUCAGAAAACAGUGCUCUCCGUCAAGAAAUAUCGGCCCUCAAGCGUUGCCUCCUCGAAUCUCGUCAUGCUCCCGACCUCCCACCUCCAGCAGAACUCCAAACAGGCGCACCCCUCUCCCCACCCGGCACACCUGUAUCCGUCCCAUCAACAACUCCACUCAUCACCCCAAACACCCAAAAGGACCUCCCUACGUCUCCACGUCUGGGCGCAAGGCCGUUUUGGGGUGGAUUUGGUGGUAUGGGCGUUACACCUGUACAUACCACCCUCAUCCCACCCGUCGGGGUCAAAGCCGUCCUUCAAGAGAACAUCAAUCCUGCAUUACACCGCCCAAGCUCAAUCGUCGAGAAGACGAACAGCCAACUCAAUGGCCUUGGUAUGGGCAUGGGAAUGGGCAUAGGCGCAUUCGAUGCCUUUGCGGAUACGAAUCCAUUCACACUCAAGACCCUCGAUGCAUAUCGGAUGCAAUUAUGGGGGAAGAUGGCUGCGCAGCAUGCCCAUGCCAACGGGAACACAAAUGGGAUGGGGUAUACACCGCAUGGAUUGGCAUCAGGCCUCAAACCUGCGUAUUUCGCAUCACCGAAAUCGCAACCACAAGCACUCCCUGGGAAGAACGCAUAUCCUUCGCCGCCUCCGUCCCCUGUAUUCAAAUCGGCGCCGGUACCUACGAGGGAACAGGCUGCGCUUGCUGCUAUUGCGUCGCAGACCUUACUUGGGAAGCUUGGAAGCGCGUUUUGGGAUGCAUUUUCUGGGUCUGGGUCUGCUGCAGGUUCCGGUAUAAGUGGAAGUGGAAGUGUGAUGAGAAAGGAGUGGGAUGCAGAAAAAGUACGCAAGGUCCUCGAAGGUCGGGCAGUCGUCCGAGUCGUUGAUCUCGAUGAGCCCGUUCCCAACAAACCCUCUCCCUCUUCCUUGAUGGUGCCUUUGAGUACGGUGGAAAGGAUGCCGUCGUUACCUCUGGAGAAGACACAGCCGAGUGGGACUGGGACUGGACCGAGUGCGUGUGCGGCGUACAAGGCGAAUGUGUGCGAUAUUUUGGAGGAGAGUAUGAGGAGCUUGACGAUUUCGAAGAAGUAGAAGCAGGCAGGUCUGGCUUCUGUCCUCGCCCUCCUACAUGUCCUCUCCUGGUUCCUUCAUCGUCCGCCGUGCUUUACUCCCAGCCAACGGUUUGCUUCCCUUUCCUUUUGCCUCGACUUGCAAUAACAGCAUCAUAUCCAAAUACUUUCCUCGUCCUUCAU